AUGGUUGUGCAUCAAAAGAAGAAGCAGCGUCAACGCUUUCUCAUGUCCAAAUCGACGCACUAUGUUGUGGCAAACACUAUGAAGCACGCUCUGGAAAUAUACAAUAAUGAAUCUCGCUCGGAGCUCAUGUACUUGCUGUCUUUGGCAGAUGCGGUGCUAAGUUUCGAGUCGGAUAACGCCAAUAUUGUGAUGGAAAAGUGCUUCUGCGUGGAAGUCAGAACGUGGAAGAAGAAAAACACUGUCCGCUUGCAGCCCCAAGGUUUCAUUUUUUUCGAGGAGAAUCAAGCUCGAAUGCUUCUAUGGGUGAAGUUUAUUCCGAAGUCCCUCAACGGCGUCGUCGUCGAUUGA